CAACGUCCAAUACCUAUCGUGUUUGCCGAGUGAACGAUGCGUGAUACUGUCAAGCAAGAAAACCUAUUGUGUCAUAGAUAAACAUAGUCCAAACGAUUGUACAGCGAUUAUAAACAAUAUAUCAACAUCUCCUAGUGGAUUAUACAGAAUAAAUAUUCCAGUUCUUGGUCACGUGACCGCCUUUUGUGAAAUGGAGGCCGACGGUGGAGGAUGGACAGUUUUCCAACGUCGUCUUCACGGAUCUGAAGAUUUCUACAGAACAUGGGAGGAAUACAAAAACGGAUUCGGAAAUUUGACCGCGGAAUUCUGGUUUGGCAAUGAGAAGCUGCAUCACUUACUGAGUCAGGGAUCAUAUCAGUUACGAAUGGACAUGAGUGAUUUCAACGGCAAAACACGUUAUGUGAAAUACAGUAGUGUAUCCCUUGGGAACGAGGCUACAAAAUACCAGAUUUCCUUAUCUGGUUUCUCAGGGGACGUCGGUGACUGUUUCACUUCAACAACCUAUGGCCAACCAAUACAAAACAUGAAGUUCUCGACGAAAGACCGAGACAACGACUAUGUAACUUAUAACUGUGCCGUGAAGUUCCAGUCUGGGUGGUGGCACAAUAAAUGUCACUGCGCUAACCCUAACGGUCUCUAUUUGGCGGGAGACACAACCGUGUUCGCUAAAGGGAUAACGUAUUAUCCGUGGUUAACGCAUUACUACUCUCUGAAGACAAUUCGACUUAUGGUUAGAAAAACUGUGUGAUUUGUUGAUCAACUUAUGGUUAAAAAAUUGU